ACCAUGAGUAUCCAUAGAAUGGGCGAUUAUUGGUUUUGGAGUUGGAAUGGGAGUGUCUGGGAUUGGUUGAUGGAGAAAAAGUGAUGAUGUAUGAUGUCAACGGCGAAACCUCCUCACAUUUGCUCCCUGCGUCAAGUUUGGGUCACGGCACCACCUUCAACUGUAUCUUCACUUCGACAUCAAAAGUUGAGAGCCAUUGAUGUCCUGAAGCUUCUACACGUACAAAAUCUCCCCGAAUCGCCAGCAUGAAUCCGUCGCGUUUAUUGACCGGGCGUCUUGCCGGUCGCCAACUGGCUGCAGGCGUGUCACGACGCUGCAUCUCCUCUACCUCAUCGCGUUUCAAUGAAAACCCUCGAGUCCAUCCCAACGCUGAAGAGCACCGCAAAUACCAAAAGGAGAGAGCAGACAACCCACAUAUGACAAACACGAACUCUACCAUCCACAACAAAAUGCCUUCAGUCGGAAAAGAUGCCCCUCCGCCAGAAUUGCUGAGUUCUGCCGACCCCAACUACGUCCCGAAAGACAGGGUUCCGGAGAACACAGACAAGAUGACGGGAGGAACACAAUCGGGAGACCCCAACAAAGUAAGCCAGCCAGAAUAUGCUGUUGGUGAAAUGGAGGGCAUCUCGUUUCGAGUUGAGCCUCUACGGCGUACGGGAGAGGACCUUCCCACCAUGAGAGCCAGAUUACUAUACCAAAGCAGGAAGCGAGGAACAUUAGAGUCUGACCUGUUACUCUCCACUUUUGCAGCAGAGAAUCUCUCCUCCAUGGACCGGACCCAACUCGAGCAAUACGACUUCCUCCUCGACGAAAACGACUGGGACAUCUACUACUGGGCAACCCAGUCCCCAGCCAAUGCCCCUACAUCGCUCGAGACUGCGGAAGGUGCUACGAGUGAAAAGAAGACCACCCAGACGACCGAAUACACCUCUCCCGCCAACCCCGGGCAAACUCAAGAGACCGACGCAUGGAGGCAAGGAGCUCCGCGCAGUGGAGAGUGGGCUCAGACCGUGGGGACUUUCAGACCAGCGUAUAGACCUGUUCCGCAACGAUGGAAGGACAGUGAAAUUCUGCACAUGCUGCGCAGGCAUGUCAGGGAAAGGAGUGCUGGCGGCGUUCUGGAGGAUGUCAAGGCAACUCCCAACAGCAAAGGCAGCGGUGGUGGUCUUGGGAGAAUGCCUAAUGUCCAGACCUUUGAUUGAGCUUGUCUUGAGCUUGUACAUACAACCACAAAAUACGGGGCCUGUCCAAUAAUGAAGACCCGAGCGAUGGGUUAAUGUUGCUUGCUCCAUCUUUUCCUCACCGCGAUUCCUCG